UAGGUGGAGCUGUUCGUGGCCUCGCUGCUGCAGGUAAGUCCUCUCUCUGGAAAGUGUGUGUGAUCGCUGCGCCUCCCACGUCACUGAGAGCGAUCUGCAGCCGAGUUCAAAGGACAUCAGCCCUGCCCUUGAGUCUGCCAGCGGAGCGGAGCUGCCUUUUUUCUUUAUCAGGUGGAGAUUCUGCUGCCAGUCACCCACUGCAGCCUCGGUCCGCCUGGGAAACAAUUUCUUCUGCUGGAUCCCCCUCAAAAACAUCCGCCAAGAUGCCCAAAACAGUCAACGUGCGCGUCACCACCAUGGACGCAGAGCUGGAGUUCUCCUUCCACCCGAACACCACCGGGAAGCAGCUGUUCGACCAGGUUGCUCGGACCAUCGGUCUGAGGGAGAUCUGGUACUUCGGGCUGCAGUUUGUCGACGCUAAAGGAUUCAUGACCUGGCUGAACUACGACAAGAAGGUGAUGUCCCAGGAUGUGAAGAAGGAGACCCCGCUGCAGUUCAAGCUGCGGGUGAAGUUUUACCCCGAGGACGUGUCUGAGGAGCUGAUCCAGGACGUGACGCGCAGGCUGUUCUUCCUGCAGGGGAAGGAUGACGUCCUGGGGGAGGAGGUGUACUGCCCCCCCGAGUCCGCCGUGCUGCUGGCCUCCUACGCCGUGCAGGCCAAGUACGGAGAGCAGGAUAAAUCUGCCUUUCAGCCCGGAUACCUGUCCAACGAGAAGCUGCUGGCCCGGAGAGUUCUGGAGCAACACAAGCUGACGAAGCAGCAGUGGGAGGAGAGGAUCCAGGUCUGGCACCAGGAGCACCGCUCCAUGCUCAAGGAGGAGGCGAUGAUCGAGUACCUGAAGAUCGCUCAGGACCUGGAGAUGUUCGGCGUGAACUACUUUGAGAUCAAGAACAAGAAGGGAUCCGACCUGUGGCUCGGAGUGGACGCUCUGGGGCUCAACAUCUACGAGAAGGACGACAAACUCACUCCAAAGAUCGGGUUCCCCUGGAGCGAAAUCAGAAACAUCUCUUUCAACGACAAGAAGUUCAUCAUCAAGCCCAUCGAUAAGAAAGCUCCUGAUUUUAUUUUCUACGCCCCCCGCCUGAGGGUCAACAAGCGCAUCCUGCAGCUGUGCAUGGGGAACCACGACCUGUACAUGCGCCGCCGCAAGACCGACACCAUCGAGGUGCAGCAGAUGAAGGCGCAGGCCAAAGAGGAGCGCAUGAGCAAAAGGAUGGAGAGGGAGCAGCUGGAGAGCGAGAAGAAGAAGAGGGAGGCCAUCGAGAAAGAGAAGGAGGAGAUGGAGAAGGAGAAGCAGGAGCUGAUGCUGAAGCUGCACGCGUUCGAGGAGACCACCAAGAAAGCAGAGAAAGAGCUCCAGGAGCAGCUGGAGAGGGCUGUUCGGCUGGAGGAGGAGAGGAGGAGGGUGGAGCAGGAGGCCGCCCGGCUGGAGGCGGAGAGGAUGGAGGCCAUCAUCGCCAAGGAGGAGCUGGCCAGGCAGGCGGAGGAUCAGAUGAGGAACCAGGAGCAGCUGGCUGCAGAUCUGGCCGAGUACAGCGCCAAGAUCGCCCUCCUGGAGGAGAUGCAGAAGGAGAAGGAGGAGGAGGCCGAGUCCUGGCACAGCAAGGCUCGGGAUAUGGAGGAGAAUCUGGAGAAGACGAAGGAGGAGCUGCACAACGUGAUGAGCUCCUCUCACUCAUCCUCUCCUGAAGCUGAGGCUCCUGCUGAGGCUCCUGCUUCCUCCUCUUCAUCCUCCUCCUCCUCGGACAGUGAGAGCGACCACGAGGAGAACAACAGCGAGGAGAACAGCACCUACAGCGCCGAGCUGCAGACGCAGGAGAUCUCCAACCACCGGGAGGAGGAGGAGAGGCUCACCGAGGCCGAGAAGAACAAGCGGCUGCAGAAACAGCUGCAGGCCCUGAGCUCCGAGCUGGCAGAAGCCCGGGACGACAACAAGAAGUCUCAGAACGAUCUUCUUCACGCCGAGAACAUGAGAGUCGGCCGCGACAAAUACAAGACGCUGCGUCAGAUCCGCCUGGGAAACACCAAGCAGAGGAUCGACGAGUUCGAGUCCUUGUAGAAAACCUCAGAGACCCGAAAACAUCUCAGAAAUACCUCACAAAGGUUCAGCUUCUAAUCAGAGUGUGAACACAUCUGCACACAGGGGUGGAAAAGUACAAGUACUCGAGUAAAGUACAAUUAAGAGGUACUUUACUUGAGUACUUGUGUUCUAUUUUUUAGGGUGAAUUGCACACAAUAUUAAGUUGUUGUAAUUUAUGAUUACAAAACAUUUCAAUAUUUAUCUUGCAACCCUGCAUUUACUGGUAAUAGGUAAAUACAUAUUGACUCAUAAUUAUAGGUUAAGAUAUCCAUCAGCAGUUUAUGAAGUAAUUCAAAUUGGCUCACUUUCACUAGCUGUGAUGAUCACGUUAAUGCAUCACUAAUCAUGUUCCACUCAUUUAAUAUAUAUAUGAUUUUGAAAUAGGCCAUUAAGCACAUUAGUAUAUUUUUAUGUCAAUACAUACUAAAGUAAGAUUUAAAUAAGUAUACCUAUUUUUUUUAAUGCAGUAAUACUUUUCCUUCAUGUUUGUGGCACUAGUACUUCGUCCACCUCUGUAUGCACUCACCUGAUUAAGAAACAGGAAGUCAAUAGCUGAUCCGUGUAAGAUGAGUUUUAUUUUAUUGGUUUAACUUUGAUAAAAUGUUUUUUUUAGCACUCAAACAUCUCCAACGUGCUUUAGUCAUUAAAACAUUGGCAUUAAUCUAAUGUGUUCCUGAUAUACUGUACGAACAAAUUACUUCCGUUAUCAUAAACGAUCAAAUUAGCUUUGUAAUUUCCUGUUAUAUAAUAAACUGAUGUGGUUCAUUUAGAUUUAUUUAAUGAAUUUUCCAUUAACGCAAUCAGUGAUUUUGCAGCUAACAAUUAUUUGUGUUCAUGUAUUGAUGAUUUUUGGAUUGAUACGUAAUGUUUCUAAGUUGUGUUGUCCAAACCAAAGUCGAAAAAAGAAACUGUAAAGAUUAAUCAAAUUGUUGUCAACUAUUAAAUUUAAAUUAAAAAAGUA